CAAAUAUUCAGUGGCAGCAUGGACAAGUUCGUGGUGGCGGCAAAUUUAUCAUGAUGUCCCUUGUUGCUGUGUAAAGUGCAUACUCAACUGCUGGAACUCAUGAUGAAUACACCAAGAAAAGACAUGAAUCACAAUCAAGAUGAAAGCUUACAUGUAACUGGCAAAGAUGAACAUAACACGAAAGAUUCUCAUACGGCUUUUCAGAUGCUGACAGGAUUUAUGUUUGGCAACAUUGAUGAAAAGGAAAAACUUGUUGAGGAUGUCCUUGAUAAGGAUUCCAAGCAUCACCUUGCUUCCCUUUCACAUUUAGACGAGUUGCAUAGCUUGGUAAAGAAUAUUGUGAAGGAUGAACAUGAGAAACCAUCUGUUGAAGAAUCAACUGUCACAGAUGUUGGAAGCAAACCUUCUGCUGUGAACUGCUCAAAUAUUAGACAAGAAGUGGAAGAAGAAUUGCCAGCACAGGAAAACCAAAGUUCCAUAAACCAAACACCAGUUGUAAUGGGUGAGAACCUGGAGCCUGAGAAUGAAAAGAGUAGCAAGUUAAUGUCCUCUCAAUCUUUACCUACUCUCAUGACAGGAAAAUUUCAGCCUGUGUGUAAAGCUGAUCCACCUAGUGAAAAUGAUGCAAAUAAGGCAAGAUGGAAAGCUCCUUUGGCAAGUAAUCUUCCCCCUGAACUUGCUAGUAUAGAUGUUACCAACAUCUGUCCUGAAUUUAGGCCUGACAAGGUGCUUCGCUUUUCAAGGCUUUUCAAGCCAUCCCACAAACCAAAUCUGUGGCGCAAGCAUCGAAAGGUGAAGUGUAUCAAGACUGUGAAUGGAAGAGAUAAUGUGGAAAGUAGGGAAUGUAAGGGAAAAUCAGAAGGAGAAGGCCUGUUGGCAGAGAAUGCUGGCAACAUCAUCGAGGAUAAUGAGAGAGGAAGUGUGAACAAGAUAGUAAAAGACAUUUGUGAGAACAAUUUUGAGAGAACUCAGACAGAAGAAUUCAUGACACAUGAAGAACUAAACUUUUACCUAAAGCUGGACAAGGGUAGAUUAGCCACGACAAAGGAGUGUGUGCCAGAUAAUGAGGAUCUGCAGAUUAAGCCAGGAAAAGUCCGAAUGUCCAACCUCAAUCAAGACAACAAUGAUAAUGAAGGUCAUAUACUUAAAGUGGCACCAUGGCGCUAUGGCCCUGCACAGUUGUGGUAUGACCGCAUGGAAGUUGAUGAGACAGGGGAGGACUUCAACUAUGGCUUCAAACUAAUAUCGGAAGAAGAAAAAGAUGCACAGACUUCAGAUGUCCCAUCUGCACAAAAGAUACCUGUGACACUAGAUGACGAUGCAUAUCUGAUGGUGAAUCAAGUGCAUUGGGAAGAUGAUAUCAUCUGGGAUGGUGAUGCUGCAAAGCAGCGUGUUCUGCAGUCAUAUAAGUCUCGAGCAGAAUUGGCUGGGUGGGUUCCCAGCAACACAAUCAGAACAGCAGCACAGUUUCUGCAGCUAUGUAAGUACACCUUUCCUUUCCAUUAUCUUGUAAUAAAUAAUGUAUGAUUUCAUCUUUUUAAUACUCUCCCUGAUGAUUUAGCCUUGCAAGUAAAUAUUACUUCUAAUUCAUCAGAUAUCAGUGACAGACAAGAUACAGAUUGGUAUUCCAUCUUUCCCAUUGAAAAUGAAGCACUAAUCUAUCACAAAUGGGAGAAUGACAUCAUUUGGGAUGCCCAGAAUAUGGAACGUAUUCAGCCACCUAUUAUGACACUGGACCCAAAUGAUCACAAUCUUAUUCUUGAGAUUCCAAAGGAUUUUGAUCCAAAAGAAACAAAGAACAGAAAGUUACUUUACAUGGUUGUUUUGUUUAAGCAGGAAAUUCGACAAUCCAAGAUUCUUUUGAGCAAAGCUGGUAUCAUCAAAGAUGAAGAAGAGAAAGUGGAGGCUCCAAGUGCUGUAAAGACAAAAGAUCAAUUCAAUCUUUCCAACGAUGAACAUUAUAAUCCGAAAAUCAUGGACACUGCACUCCAGCCCAGCAUUGGAAGCAGCCUGAUCCAGCAUUCUGCACCAGCAUCUGAGCUUUUUCAUCCAUUUUUCCCCACCUUUAUGGGUCCCACAAAACUCCGGAGCUUUCAUAGACAGCCCCUCAAGAAAUACUCUCAUGGCACAAUGGCAGAGACAACACCACAACCAGUACGCUCCCUUAGAAAAAUCAUUGCUAGGAAAGCAAAGAUGCGAGAGCAGGAAAAACAAGCUUUUGGGGGAGGAGAGAUAUUCUUCAUGCGCACACCUCAGGAUCUCACAGGUAUGGAUGGUGACCUCAUUCUUGCUGAGUACUCAGAGGAGUUCCCUCCCAUCUUGAACCAAGUUGGCAUGGCUUCAAAGAUCAAGAACUAUUACAAGCGGACACCAGGUAAGGACACCAACUCUCCCAUCUUCAAGUAUGGUGAGCUGGCCUAUGCAUACACAUCUCCAUUUCUUGGUUCAUUGGCUCCUGGCUGCUGUCUUCAGGCCAUUGAGAACAACUUGUUUCGUGCACCUAUUUAUGAACAUGAUAUGCCCAGGACAGAUUUUCUCAUCAUUCGCACUCGGCAGCAUUACUAUAUCCGAGAGGUGAACACAAUUUACUGUGUGGGGCAGGAAUGUCCAUUGUAUGAAGUGCCUGGACCAAACUCCAAGAGAGCAAUAAGCUUUGUCAGAGAUUUUCAGCAGGCAUUCAUCUAUCGUCUUUUUUGGAAAAGCAAAGACAAUCCACGCAGAAUCAAAAUGGAGGAGAUCAAGAAAGCGUUUCCUUCCCAUUCUGAGAACAGCAUUCGCAAACGCCUCAAACUUUGUGCAGACUUUCAGCGUACUGGGAUGCAUUCAAACUGGUGGGUACUUAAAAAGGACUUUCGUUUGCCAAGUGAAGAAGAGAUCCUUGCAAUGGUGUCACCAGAACAGUGCUGUGCCUGGUAUAGCAUGAUUACAGCUGAACAAAGACUGAAGGAUGCAGGAUAUGGGGAAAAGUCUUUGUUUGCACUUGAAGAAGAUAAUGAAGAGGAAACUCAGACCAAAUUAGAUGAUGAGGUGCGAGCAGCCCCUUGGAACACAACUAGAGCUUUCAUUGCUGCCAUGAAGGGCAAGUGCCUGCUUCAGCUGGAUGGUGUGGCUGAUCCCACAGGUUGUGGUGAAGGUUUCUCCUUUGUCAAGAUGCCCAACAACAAGCCCACCACCAAAGAGGGAACACGUGAACUGCUUCACAAGAGAACCUUAGUAGGAACUGAUGCUGAUCUACGCAGGCUUAGUUUUCGUAAUGCCAAAGAGCUGUUGAGGAAAUUUGGAGUGCCUGAAUCAGAUAUUCGGAAAUUAGGUCGGUGGGAAACAGUAGAAGUUGUGCGCACUUUGUCCACUGAGCAAGCCAAGCAAGAUCAGGAUAACUCAGAAUGGAAGUUUGCUCGUGGCAACAGACACUCAGCAGCUGAGCACACAGAGAGGUACAAGAGGAAUUGUCAGCGCAUAUUUGAUCUGCAAAACAGAAUUCUAGCAUCAGCAGAAGCUCUGUCUACAGACGAAGAGUUCACUUCAGAUGAAGAAUCAGACUUUGAAGAGAUGGGAAAGAAUAUAGAAAGCAUGCUUGACAACAAGAAGACUAUCUCAGAGUUGACACUGGAGAAAGAGGAAGCAGAGCGCCUAGAAUUGCAGCGAAUGAUGAGGGGAGAUAACAAAGAGAAAGAGAGUGAUCAGAAAGCCAGUUCCCUGAGUGAUACCCUUAACUUGGAAGGACGCAAGUUAAAGAUCACAAGGACCUUCCUAAAUGAAACAGGGAAGCCGUACACCCGCUCAGAGAUCAUUCGCAGCCCUGGUGUUAUAAGUGCUUACCUUCGCAUUCGUCAGACCAAAGACCCAAGUUUCAUAAAGCAGUUUGUGACCAUGGAUGAGGAGACAAAACUAGAAAUGAGAAAAGAAAGAAGACGGCUUCAAGAGCAGCUGCGCAGAAUUAAACGAAACCAACAGAAACCUGAAGGGCUUCCUCCUGUCAACAAACCAAAGAAGAAAAAGGAGAGUGCAUCACUUUCAAAGAUGAAAUGUGGAGCAUGUGGAGCUGUGGGGCACAUGAGAACAAACAAAGAAUGUCCCUUGUAUGUCACCGGGGAAGAAGCUUUAGUGCCUGGAGCUACGAUGGGGGAGAAUACAGACGAAGAGGCUGGCAUGCAGGUUGCUGAUGAGGAACUUAUUAAUGUUGAAGGCACCAAGAUCAUUCUUUCGAAGGCAGUGUUUGACAGAGCCAAGAGUGUUCAACAAAAGUCCCUGGUGCUUCGAUUACCCAAAGUAAUCAAGGAGACAAAGAAAAAACGUCAAACUGGCAGCACCUUGCAGAGUGACUAUGCGAAGAGACCUAAGCUGACAACUCGAUGUAGAGCAGACCCCUUGGUCACCCUGUCUUCUAUGUUUGAGACGAUCCUCAAUGAAAUGCGGAUCUUGCCUAAUACUCAGUUGUUCCUGCAUCCAGUGAACCCAAAAAAUGUUCCAGACUACUACACCAUUGUGCAGAAACCUAUGGAUCUACAAACAAUGCGAGAGAAUAAUCGCAAGAUGAAGUAUCAGACCCGAGAGCUUUUCCUUAAUGACCUCAACCAAAUCUUUGAGAACAGCAAGAUUUACAAUGGAUGGGCUCAUCUACUGACUGUUGCUGCCCAGUCCAUGUUGGACCGCUGCCUUCAGAGAUUUGCAGAGCGGGAACACAAGUUCAUGCGUCUGGAGAAAGCCAUCAACCCUCUUCUUGAUGACAAUGACCAGGUGGCACUAUCAUAUAUGUUUGAAAUCAUCAUAGGGAAGAUGAAGGCUGUUGAAAAUUCAUGGCCAUUUCAUCAGCCAGUCAGCAAGAAGAACCUCAAGGACUAUUGCAGCAUAAUCAAAAAACCCAUGGAUCUUGCCACACUUCUGAAAAAUGUUCAGGAUAACAAGUAUAACACGCGGGAGCAGUUUAUGAAGGAUGUGCAGUUGUUGUACACAAACAGCCUCAGCUACAAUGGGCCUGACAGCAGCUUCACCCAAACAGCCAAAAGAAUGAUAGAAGUUUGUCAUGAUAGCUUAUCUGAGAAUGAAGAGUAUUUUGCUCAGCUGGAAGCUGAUAUUGUGGCAUCAAAGGAGGCAGCACUGGAUGGCCUGGAUUCUGAAAGUGUCAUGACAGAAACUUCUCUUCAUCUAGAAGACAGCCUCGUAGGUGGGGGCAGUGAAAGUGGAGACAGCUAUUUGGAUGACAACACCAUUGCUAAGGAUGACUUGACCAGUCUGUCCUUACAACCUCAAGUUUUCCAUCAGCCACAGGAAGCAAGUUCAGACUCAGAGAUCAUUGAUGUGGAAGGAGACAGUUCAGAUGAACUGGCUAGCAAGAUGACCUGCAUCCCUAGCAGGAAAAGACGUUUUUCACAGGUGGAAACAGAUAUUGAUGUCUGCCAAGUUCCCGAUGACAUCUAUACACCUUAUGACAUUGUUGAAGACAGGGACCACACUGAUGCUGUUGCUGAAGAUGACAGACAUGAUGACAUUCUGGGUCACCUGAGUGACAGUGAAGAAGAAGAUCAAAGCAAAAAAAAUGCUCCCACAGCUGUUUAUCAUCAGCAUGCAUCAUUGCAGGCUGGCUCAAGUCACAAGGCUGCUGAUGUGUUUGCUAGCAGUUCCUCAGAGCAGAUGGAUACCGAAGACACAAACUUUGACCCUGCAGAGUUUUUCCGGAAUAGUUCUUUGGCUUCUGAAAUGGCUUCAUAUACUGCUGACAGCAGAGAUGAUGACCUGCAGUUGUCAGACUCAGAUCAGGAUCAGGAGGGAGGAACUGAAGAGGACGAGACCCCACUUAUUCCCACGGAGAACCAGAAUUAUGAAGGAUUUGACAUCGAUGAGUAUUUGUAACUGAAAGAGGUAAAGUGCACCUUUGUCUUAUUACAUGUGACAAGGGCAGUGUUUGCAGGGUUAACAGGUCAAGUGCUGGGAUGACCAAAUGUCACAAGACUUGUGAACACAUUACUGGUCUUGCAUGUUUUCAGUCUUCUGUUGGAUUAUGACUGGUCACAGAAAAUAUUAAUAGUUAUGAAACCUUUGCCUGUUGUCAUCCAAAAGCUGAAGAUUACUGCAUUUAUCAGCUCUUAGAUAAAGGAAAGGCUCUGCUGGUGCUACUUUAAAAACCUUGGUAUAAACAAGGGUAACAUUGUGAUAGAUGACUCACCACCAAAAUCUCUUUUGUCACUCUGUAUGUUUGGUGUGACACAUAAUUGUGAUGAGUGUAUGAAAUGGUCAACACAGGGUAAUGAUAUUUUCUUUCUUCUUGAGCAAGUUUAUUCAACAAAUAACUGUCCCACUGAAAACCUUGUUCAGCGUGCACAUUUGUGUUGGGGUUUUUCCUCAUGUUUGGCUUUCCGAGUAUGCAUUCCUUAUUUGUAGAUAUGCAUGUGCAUGCGGCCAGGGAAAAAAUGUAUCGCACAUGCUUAAAUCUGAGAGCAGUAAAUGAGCAAAAAACAUGCCAAAGAGUUUUAAGUCUUUGGAAAUUGUCUGCUUCAUGUUAUUGUUAAAGUUCACUUCUAGUUCUAAAAGCAACAUUGUGAUAUCAGUCAAUUUUGCAAAAAUGCAAUGCAGUCUUGAAUGAUUGGUUUUGGUGUGCAAUAAAUCUUGGAUGUGAUGUUCUUGUCUUGGAAGUGUUACUUGCACGAAAUAAA